AGAUUCCGAGGGGAUAAAGCGUGGCCGUUUUCGCAGACGCCGAGAGGGUGAGUCGUCGCGAGGAGAUGGCGGACGGGAAGCAGGGAGAGGGUUCGGCCGUGGCGUUGAAGGCCUCGCCGUCGGCCGCGGCGAUGGCGUGGGGAUUGCGCGGCGGGAGCAACCCUCUGGAGGAGUGGAGCGCGCGCGUGAAGGCGAUUGAGGCCGGGUUCCGCGCGUGGAUGGCGAAGCAGCCUAUCCACAUCGAGGCUGCGGUGACCACUGCCGUGGGGGCGGUGCAGGGUGGGGCUCUGGGCGGGCUCAUGGGCUCGCUCUCGGCCGACGGAGGGUCGCCGUUCCCCAUGCCGCAGCCGCCGCCCAACGCCAACCCGGACGCCAUGGCGUCGUUCAAGCAGGCCCAGGCUUUAGCUGGUGGACCCUUGGUGCAAGCUCGAAAUUUUGCAGUCAUGACUGGCGCGAAUGCAGGUAUAUCUUGUGUCAUGAGAAGGAUACGAGGGCAAGAGGACAUCCAGGGCAGCAUGGCAGCUGCUUUUGGUUCUGGCGUCCUUUUCUCCAUAGUGAGCGGAAUGGGUACUCCUAAUCCAGCAGUAAAUGCAAUUACAACUGGUGCUGCUUUUGCAGUAUUUCAAGGUGGCUUUUUCAUGAUUGGGCAGAAAUUCUCAAAGCAACAGGGUGGAGAAGAUACAUACUACUCUCAGACAAGAAGCAUGCUGAACAAACUGGGUCUUGAAAAGUAUGAGAAGAAUUUCAAGAAGGGUCUCCUCACUGAUCAAACAUUACCGCUCCUUACUGACAGUGCUCUAAGAGAUGUGAAGAUCCCCCCUGGACCCAGACUACUCAUACUCGAUCAAAUUAAAAGGGAUGCUGAGCUUGUACGGGCAAACUGAAGUCACAAUUAUCAACUGCUCGUUCUUUCUGAAUUGCAUAGGGUUUGAAAGCGACGCCAUCUCUGUUUUCAUAAUAAGCCUUCAUAGUAAGCAAGAAUUUAGCUAUGUUUUUGUAGUUAAUUGUUUUUUGUCAAUCGGUUUGCGUCAAUCCUAUUGAAUUUUGGAUAGCAGAUAUUUGAAUGCACUGUAUUGAAACUUAAACUGGAAUUGCGUACAGUGAUCAAUUCUCUGGGAACCAAGGUGUGCCAUGUGCUCCUUGAAACGUGCAA